AUGGCGGUUCGAGCCACCGUGUCGCGAUUCCCGUUGGACGAAGACGUGCAAGAUUCAUCAGGACUACCAUGGGGAGUAACACUCACGCCAUUCGCUUCGAAAGAUGAGAACGGACUGUCUCCUGUGUUUGGAUCGGACGGCGAUUUGUUACCUCGCUGCGAGAACUGUUAUGCUUACUUCAACACUUACUGCGAACUUGAUCAGUGGGCCUGGAAUUGUAGUCUAUGUGGCACCCUCAAUGGACUCACCUCUCAAGCCAUCGCCCGUUACUCGCAUCCGCAGUCUUGUGCUGAGAUGAUGUCUUCUUUUAUCGAUCUCGAGUUGCCUAUGGAGGGAUCAGAGGAAGAAAUGGUGCAAGCGCGUCCGGUUUAUGUCGCGGCUGUUGACUUGUCGUCUUCAGAAGAAUUUUUGGAGCUUACGAAAAGUGCAUUGGAAGCAGCUUUGGAAGCUCUCGCUCCUGGUUCUCUUUUUGGGCUUGCUACUUUUAGCCACAAAAUGGGUUUGUAUGAUGUUCAAGGGCCUAUUCCAGUUGUGAAGAAUGUUUUUAUUACUCCUGAUACAGAAGGAACCCUGCCAGUUGAGCUCGAAGAUGUCAUGCCUUUGUUACAAUUUUUGGCCCCUGUGGAAACUUGUAAAGACCGUAUUACAGCUGCACUUGACACACUCAGGCCAACAACCUCAUGGGAGAGAACCACAGGUGCAGGGCAAGGACUAGAAGGUGUUCUAAUGGGUGGGCGAGGUUUUGGUGUGGCAAUGGAAGCCCUGUUUAAGUACCUUGGAUCAGAAUAUGGAAAUACAUUUGCUUUAGCUAGAGUUUUUGCCUUUCUAUCUGGUCCUCCUGAUUAUGGAGCUGGGCAAUUAGAUACAAGAAGGUAUGGUGAACAAUAUGCUAGUAAAGGAGAGGAUGCAGACAGGGCUUUGCUUCCAGAGCAGACUCCGUUUUACAAGGAUCUGGCUGCUGUUGCUGUUCAAGCAGGUGUUUGUGUGGACAUAUUUGCUGUCACAAACGAGUAUACAGAUCUGGCAUCCCUCAAGUUUCUUAGUAUUGACAGCGGAGGUUCAUUGUUUCUGUAUUCAAACACUGAUGACUCAACACUUCCUCAGGAUAUGUAUCGGAUGCUUAGUCGACCAUAUGCUUUCGGUUGCAUUCUGCGAUUGAGGACAUCUUCUGAAUUCAAACCUGGUCAUUCUUAUGGUCAUUUCUUCCCUGAUCCGCAGUAUGAGAAUGUUCAACACAUUAUUUGCUGUGAUUCUUUUGCAACAUAUGCUUAUGACUUUGAUUUUACGAGUGCGACUGGAUUUUCCAGAUAUGCAUCAGAACAACCUGUAAUACAGAUAGCAUUUCAAUACACAGUUGUUGUGCCUCCUGAGGAGCUCUCAGCUUCAAGAUUGGUUUCUGGUAGUAGAGGCAAGCAUUCGCUUAAACGUCGAUUAAGAAUCAGAACUUUGCAAUAUGGUACUGCUAGAAAUAUGAAUGAACUCUAUGACAGUGUUGAUCCUGAAGCUGUUCUAUCAAUACUUCUUCACAAGGUUAUAUUAGCCUCUUUGGAGCAUGGAGUCCGGGAGGGCAGGAUGUUGCUUCAUGAUUGGCUCGUAAUCCUCACUGCUCAGUAUAAUGAUGCCUCUAAAAUUGUUCAGUUUAAGAAUGGUAGUUCGAUGACUGCUCAGGUAGAUGUUGCAUUCUCACAAUGCCCACAACUGCAGCCCUUGCCUCGCCUAGUUUUUGCUUUGCUUCGAAAUCCUCUUCUUCGCUUCCAUGAAGAAGGUGUUCAUCCUGACUACCGGAUAUACCUCCAAUGCCUUUUAAGUGCACUGGAACCAAGUUCCCUUCAUCGUGCUGUAUAUCCAGUGUUGACGUCAUAUUCUACACCAGAUAAACAAGCUUAUCCACGCCACUCUUUGAGUCGUGCUGCACUGAUUACCAGUGGUAGUCCAAUAUUUUUCCUUGAUGCAUUUACAACUCUGAUUGUGUUCUAUUCUUCUACAGCAGACCCGGCACUUCCUUUUCCACCACCCCAAGAAUGUUUAUUGAGGAGUACAAUUAACAAACUGAAGCAAGAAAGAAGUAUCACUCCAAAAUUGAUUUUUAUCCGGGGAGGGCAGGAUGAUGCCUCUGCGUUUGAGAACUACCUCAUUGAAGAACAGGAUGUUGAUGGUAGCGGCUUCACUAGUGUCAUGGGUUUUGUGUCUUUCCUUGAAGACAUAACCCAGAGUGUGAUGGAGUACAUGAAAUAA